CUCCUGCUGAUUUCAGCCCGAGGGAUCACGGAGACGACUCCCAGCUUCAUGUUUCCCUAUGGGACCUCGAGCAGUCAGAUGGUGCUCAGAGGGGUGGACCUCUUGCUGGAGUGCAUUGCCUCGGGCGUACCAGCACCAGACAUCAUGUGGUACAAGAAAGGAGGGGAGCUCCCGGCAGGCAAAACCAAGCUGGAGAACUUCAACAAGGCUUUGCGCAUCUCCAACGUCUCCGAGGAAGACUCCGGGGAGUAUUUCUGCUUGGCGUCCAACAAGAUGGGCAGCAUCCGCCACACGAUCUCGGUGAGAGUGAAGGCUGCUCCCUACUGGUUGGACGAACCCCAAAACCUGAUCCUGGCCCCCGGCGAGGACGGCAGGCUGGUGUGUCGGGCCAAUGGCAACCCCAAGCCUGCCAUUCAGUGGCUGGUGAAUGGCGAGCCCAUCGAAGCUUCUCCCCCCAACCCCAGCCGAGAGGUGGCUGGGGACACCAUCGUAUUUCGGGACACCCAGAUCGGCAGCAGCGCCGUGUACCAAUGCAACGCGUCCAACGAGCACGGCUACCUCCUCGCCAAUGCCUUUGUCAGCGUCCUGGAUGUGCCCCCGCGGAUACUGGCCCCUCGCAACCAGCUCAUCAAGGUGAUCCAGAACAACAGGACCCGGCUCGACUGCCCCUUCUUCGGCUCGCCCAUCCCCACCCUGCGAUGGUUUAAGAACGGCCAGGGGAACACACUGGACGGAGGGAACUACAGGGCGCAUGAGAACGGGAGCCUGGAGAUGAACAUGGCUCGCAAGGAGGACCAGGGCAUCUACACCUGCGUGGCCACCAACAUCCUGGGUAAAGCGGAGGCCCAGGUUCGCCUGGAAGUCAAAGACCCAACCAGGAUCGUGAGAGGACCCGAAGAUCAGGUGGUGAAGAGGGGCUCCAUGCCUCGCCUCCACUGCCGAAUAAAGCACGACCCCACGCUGAAGCUUACGGUCACCUGGCUGAAGGACGACGCACCCCUGUACAUUGGAAACAGGAUGAAGAAGGAAGACGAUGGUCUGACGAUAUACGGCGUGGCUGAGAAGGACCAAGGGGAUUACACCUGCGUGGCCAGCACGGAGCUGGACAAGGACUCGGCCAAAGCGUACCUCACCGUGCUAGCCAUCCCUGCUAACCGUUUGAGAGACUUACCUAAAG